AUGCCACAGGACCUCCACGCCACGGCCGAGGGUGCCGCACACUUCCACGCGCUGCGCCAUGCCUCGGACUUGAUCAACCGCACCAUUGCCGAGGACUCAUGCGCCACGGAGAUUUGCGACAUCUCGCUCAAGUGUGCGUGGGCCACCGGGCGCACUUGCCUCCCCCUCUGCGGCUUCGAGGCCUCCACCGAUGGCGUGCACAUGGUGGACAUCGUCGGCACCAAGAACGGCCGUGUCUUCCUGGCCGGGCGCGAUGGCCACCUGCACGAGCUUGUGUACCAGCCGGAGGGCUGGCUCCGCAAUCGGUGCUACCUGAUCAACUGGACGCGCGGCCCGCUGGCGCCUUUCAUUCCGGCUUUCCUCAAGCUCCAUCGCGAGGAUCAACUGGUCUCGGUGACGGUUGACGAUGCCAGCCAAACCCUCUACACCCUCUCCGAGUCGUCGGUCAUCAAUGCCUAUCGUCUGUCUGGCGCCGGGCCGGCCACCCACUCGGCCCUGGGGGCCAUGCUGGCCGCGGAUCAGGGUCUCUCGCUGGCGGUGUCCUGCUCGCACCUGGUCAAGGCGGCCCUCCAGCAGGCGCCAGCCGACCUGCUCCUGGAUGCCUCCAUGAUGCGCGUCGUGUCGCUGAAGCCCAUCAAGGCGUCGGAGUCGUCGCGCGUCCGCCUGGUCGCCGUGACCGCCAUCGGCGCUCGCGUCUAUCUGGACCAGAACCUGUCGAUCCUGUCGGUGCGGAUGCCCCCUCGCGAGACGGCCGCCACGGGUGGCUUUGGUCUUGGUGGGCCGGCCUUGGCCGCGAAUGCGGCCGCCAGCGGCCCGGCGCGCGUGCACACCGUCUGCCUGCACAAUGGCGUCACCCUCAUGGCCAGCACGCAAAGCGACGAUGUGGACAUGCUGACGAUGUUUGCGCCGGACCAGCGUGGGUCCGGGCCGCGUGCGGCCGGUGGCGCCGGCACCUCGGCCUAUGUCGAGCAGCUGGCGCGGCUCCCGGUGUCCGGCAAGAUCUGGGCGCUGGACGAGUCGCCGGCCGCCACGUCGGACUUCGGGGCCAUCCCCGACUCGGCCAUCAGCGAGCUGGUGUCGCAGUAUUACCAGGCCCCGCGGGAAUUCCUCUGCCUCACCAGCGCCGGGAUUCACGAGCUGGUCAAGCUCCGGCCGAUUGACCUCCUGCGCCGGCUGCUCAUUGCCUCGGGGCUGAACAUCACCGGGGCGCUGCUGCAGUUCUUCAAGAGCUUCACUCGAGAUGAGGCAUGCUGCAUGUGCCUGGCUCUGAUUUGCUCUGAAACCCCCUCCGGCUCGAAUGAGACCCUUGUCGCCGCGGCGCGCCAGGCCCUCUUCCACUUCGGCAGCACGCAGCAGUUCACCGCCCAGGAGGUGGUGCAGCAGCCGGCCGGGCUGGAAUUUGGCCGUCUGGUUGUCACUCCGGAGGCUGCCUUCUCGGGGGUCCACAAUGCCGUGGUCAUGUACGCGUCGCGCCUGGUCCGGUCCCUGUGGCGGGUGCCGCUCGCCUCGUUGGCCUCUUCGAACACGGACCUCACGGCCGAGAGCGGCCCCAUCCGGCUGAGCCAGCUGUCGGCCCGCCUUGGCACUCUGCUGCAAUUCAUCCGCACCAUUCGCGUGCCGGAUGCCCCGUCCGAGUCGCAGUCGCUGGCCGCGGUGCAGGCCUUCCUCGGGGAGACCCUGCAGGCCAUCGACUUCCUGCUCUUCCUGAUCGACAACUAUUCGUACUUGACGAGUGCCGAUGUCAUGAAGGAGCUGGUCGGAUCGACCCAGACCGUGGGCUUCGAGUCCGGCGGGCUGGGCAUCACCCUGGAAGCGCUGAUGACCACCGGGUCCGGCCGCCAGGUGGGCCGUCUCCUGAUGUCGGCCAUCCUGCGCACGCAGAUCGAGGCCGGUGCCUCGGUGGAUGCGCUGCUGCUGACCCUGCGCGAUCGGGCGCCGGCCUUCUUCGACGCCGAUGACGCCACCCUCCACCGUGCGGAUGGGCUCCUGCGCCGGGCGCGCGACGCGCCCACCUUGCAGGAGCGCCUGCGCCUGCUGGCCGAAGCCACCGCGCACUUCACCUCGGUGGCCGCCACCCUGUCGGUGGCCACCUUGACGCGCAUUUCCUCGGAACUUUGCCAGCAGCAUGCGCACAUGGCUGCCCUGGCGCUGGCCCUGCGCUGCGCUGCGCUGGUCCCCGUGGGCCCGGAACUGGCGGCCGCCCUUUUGGCCGCGUCGGCCGGCAACCCGGCCGGCGGGGCCCCGGUGACCGCAUCGGCCUCGGCCACGUCGUCGAGCAUGGCCGGCGGCGUGAGCUCGGCCCUCAUCGGUCCCGGCGCCAGCGAGCAGGUUCCCCCCGCGCGCAUGGGCUUCUAUCGCCUGGCCUUCUCCGUGCUGCGUGAUGCGCAGCUCCUCUUCCAGCAGAAGCAGGAGGCCAACACCGGGGCCUCGGCCGCCGGGGGGUCGGCCCUGUCCGGGUCCACAUCUGCCGCCGCCGUGGGGGCCCUCCUGGAGGAGACCUUCGCCGCGGCCUUCGCCUCGGCGGAUCCCAUCUUCCACGCGCUGCUGUACAGCGAGCUCCUGCACAGCCGGUCUCCUGGCGAUCUGGCCCGGCUGCUGGACGCCCGGACCCCCUUCGUGGAGGGAUUCCUCCGGGCGGCCGUCGAGCUGGACCUGAGCCAGGGCCUGCCGGAGGACGCGCUGACCACCAUGAGCCGGGCACUGGCCUUUGCCCCGGCGGGCGGCCCCGCGCCCGGCGGCCCGGCCGGCGCCGAUAUCGACCAGUCCCGUCACCGGAAUCUCCUUUGGCGCUACCACAUCCGCCAUGGGCAGUUCCUGGUGGCCGCGCAUGAGCUCUACCGCCUGGCCAGCACCGAUAGCGACCCCACUCUCGACCUGGACAGCCGCAUUGCCUACCUGUCGCGCGCGGCCGCCUGCGUUCGGUCCAAGACCUCGGCCCCCUCGGCCGGGGACCUGAUCCAGCAGCUGGACGACGCGCUGGAGGUGGCCAACGCCCAGCGCCAGCUCCUUCUGGAGGUUUGGCGCCUGGCCUCCUCGCCGGAGGGCGUCUCCUCUUCCGGGGCCCGGCCCGGUGCCUCGGCGGCGGCCGGCGCCGCUCGUGGCCACAACCCGGACUUGGUGCUGGCCUCGCUGGACCGCCUCAGCGGCCUGAGUGGCCUGCUGACCCUCGAGGAGAUGUUCAAUGAGAUUGCCGUGCCGCUGAAGCUCUACGAGAUGGUGCUGAUCCUGCUGAAGCUCAGUGGGACCUCCUCGCCGAGCAUGGUCGACCAGACGUGGACGUACCUGCUGCUGCUGCACCGGGGGACCCCGCUGCCGGCGCUGGCCGAGCGCCUGGUGGUCCUGGGCCGGCAGCUGUUCCCUUCGGACCGAGUGCUGCCGGUGCCGCUGCUGGUGGCCAAGCUGGAACGCUUCCUGCUCGAGCGCCCGGAUGCGGCGGCCUCCAGUGUCGCGGCCUUCUCGAUGGAGCCGUCGCCCUUGGUUCCGGCCGGGCUGCCGCGCACCUGGCCGGUGGAGGUCCUCCUCCGUGUGGGGGUCCCCUCGUCGGCCCUCUUUGCGGCGUACUACCACCUGCUGGUGGAGACGACCACCGCGUCGCAGUGGGCCGCCGCGCUGUCCGGGGCCACCAGCGGCACCAAGACAGCCGGCGGCGCUCCUGCCUCCGCCUCCACCGGUGGCAUCCCGGCCCCGGUGAAUGUGGCUCCGGCCUCGACCGCCCCGGCGCUCCAUGGCCUUUCCCCGACCGAGCUUCACACGCGUGCCCUCCUGCAGCUGGCGGCUUCGCUGCUGCAUGUGGUUGACCACUGGCGCCAGCCACGGCUGGCGGCUCUGGCUGCCGGAGCCGACCCGGCGGCCGGGGCUGGCGCGGGGCUGCCGGCUGACGGCCGCGUGGCCGCCGCCGAGCUGCCCUUCAAUGUGGCCCGCGCCGACCAGGCACUGGUGGCCGUGCUCACCCAGCUGAGCCGCUUUACGGCCACCCCGCGCCCGGAGAAUGCCCUCAUUGAGCAGGCCCAGGGCCUGGUCACCUCGUUGCGCCAGUUCCAGGCGCAGAUCCUUGUAGGCACCGCGCCGGGUGCCAAUCGCGGCCGUGCCUCCACCCGUGACUAA